CAGUUUGGCAUAAGUGCUAAAGAUGCGGACUCAAUCGUUGAACGAGGAGUGCCGGAGGCGUCCCCUGGAGAAACGGCACCUAUCUGUGACCUUCAGAAACUCUUUCGCGAACUCAAAGCACUUGGGUGUAAAUUGGCGUUAUGUACUGCGGACAGCAGAGCCGCUACCGAACAACAGAUGCGUAUUCUUGGUAUUGCAUCGCUACUCGACGACGUCGUUUGCGGUAAUGACAGCGGCAUCAUACCAAAACCGAGUCCACUGUGCGCUAUUCAAAUCUGCAAGCGACUUGAUGUGCCACUAAAUCAAGCAAUAAUGGUUGGAGACACCACAGCCGACCUGAAAAUGGGCCGAGUGGCUGGACUAAGAGCCAGCGUAGCCGUGCUGACUGGUGUCGGCAAUCGAGACACACUCAAGGAAUAUAGCGACUACUUUGUAAGUACACUUUACAGAAUGAUCGUCAUAUGA